CUUCUCCCACUUUCUUCCCUCAAACAACACCAUCGCCCAUCACCAACCCACACUCAUCACCGCAUCAACACCAAUACCACCGUCGAACCACCAACAAACCUUCGGAAUGUCUGGAAACGCACAGGGCUCCGUCCAAGAGAGGGCACAAUACCAUCUCUCGCAGCUCGACAAGGAACUGUCGAAAUACCCCACCCUCAACAACUUUGAGUCGCAAACCAGCGUGCCCAAGGUCUACAUUGCGCUCGGUCUCGGCGCUCUGUACUUCUUCCUCGUCUUCUUCAACAUCGCUGGAGAGUUCCUCGUCAACACCGCUGGCUUCGCCAUUCCGGCCUACUACUCCCUCCAGGCGUUGUUCACCAGCGGCAAGGCUGAUGAUUCGCAAUGGCUCACUUACUGGGUCGUCUACGCCUUCUUGACCGUGUUUGAGUCCGCCAUCAACGCCGUCUACUGGUUCCCAUUCUACUACGUGUUCAAGUUCAUCCUUGUCCUCUGGAUGGCUCUCCCAGCGACUUCCGGCGCCCAGGUCGUCUUCCGCUCCCUCUUCCAGCCUCUCUUCGCCCGCUUCUUCAGCGAUGAGGCUUCGAUCCGCAGCAAGGUCGAGAACGCCGCCAAGAGCCAGUAAAGGAGUUCUUCGAGAGCAGCUUGUCUGUCUGCAGAUAUCACGAGGCGCGGUCAUGGGAUAAUGCGAACGACGAGAUUGCUUUGGUUUACACGCACGGCAGCCUCUCUGAGGCAUUGGAAAGGGGGCAGAUGCGUUAUCAGGAUCUGUUGAGU